AUGCCUUCAGGUCGAAAUGACGGGCGGCCGUCUACGUCAUCUCCUCGCCUCUCGUCAUCAUUUUCUUUCGAUUUCCAAUUCAAUGAACCUGUGCGUGUGUACCCUUUCGAGAAUGAUCGCAAUAAAUCACUUGCAGCGUUGCAGUCGCUACAAAAUAAGAACGUUGCGAUCGUGGGGCUGCUUAGCUCCAGCUCUUCAUCUUCCUCGCGUGCAUUUGCCUUUGCCAACCGUAUUAUUGGUCGCUGUGUCUUUCGUGAAGAUGUUAUGCAGAAUGCAACGACAGUUCAAAAUACAACACUACCCGCCAGUAUUCAUCUAUACUAUGACGACGUGACAAGAUGCAUCUACCUUUUGGGAUUAGCUCGACCUGAUAGAUUUUCCUACAGUACUUCUGCGGUCUCUAAGACGGAAACACUAAACAAGAAUAUUAAAAACAAGUCUUUGGCUCGACGACAAUCCACGGCCGGUAACGAAGCUGAAGAACAACCACUGCUAAGUGAAGUGCAACGAAUGCGAAUUGAAACAGACGCAUACGAACGCGAAAUGUCAAAAAUGCAAGUGCUGCUCUACUCCAGCUGUAACUUACUCAUAGUGCUCAAAGAAACCGCACGAGUGACAUCGAACGUUUUGAAAGACAUACGUGCGUUGGCAGUAGAAAAGGCUCAACUGCAGAGUGUCGUGGCAACAUCGACUAAGCAUCCGAAGCGCGAAAAUUUUCAUUUGAAAGGUUCGUCGUUGUCGUCGCUUAGCACUGCAGGCAAUGGAUUUGCUCCUGGUCGAUGUGUCCCCAUGGUUGUGUUUGUUGUUCCUGCACCUGAUGAGAUGUUGCAGAUGUCACAAAAGACGCAAAGUUCUGGCUCUACUCGCUCCGCGACAAUCACAUGUUGCAAGUCACUUGAAGCGCGUUUAACGACCUUGUUUCGAUCUUUACGUGGCGGUACAGUCGGUACUUUACGUAUGCGUGACGCGCUAAGUGCUGCAAACUUAAGCAAGGAACGUCGGUUGUUUAACAUUGACCCAGCUCAUUGCGUGGUGGUUGUUUCUAAACGUACAGUCACUACUGAAGGGCGAGUGGAGGUGCUACUUGAGAAUUUUCUUUCUUCGCUGGACUCGAAUGUUGGCGCCCAGGACGUCCUGAACGACGAGUCGCUGCUGCAACCUUUGGUAGAUGAUGACAUUGGUUUUGUGCGUCUGAAUCAGUAUGUACAGAAAUUUUUAGACCAACUAUUUGCUUUCUCGCCGAGUACUGGCAAAGAUGGUGGGCGAAAUGAGUUGUUGAGUCCCCCGCAAUGGCUCAAAGCUUUUUUCGGACUGAUGAAAAGUUACAACCGUUUGCAGUCCAAGAAAAGGCAAGAAGGAAGAAUUCUAGAUACUGACUUUAUGUCGGAUUACACUGUAUCACCAUCACUAGCAAUGUAUCCCUCCAACCUGAUGGAUUCAACACGUUAG